AUGAGCACUCGAAGAACCAGAGUUGCAGUUCCCCUAUUUUUACCUUCUGCCAAGCGGGGAGGGUUUUCCCCGGCAUCUUUGAAUAGGCAGAGGGUGAACGGAUUCUGGAGACGGGUCCGAGGAAGGGGAACGGCGGUCCCUUCCGCCUUGACUCAUUGCCGUGUUUUGCUUACAGGGCUGUCACCACAAGGAGAAGGGGUCCUUCCACGCUGGAUUUCGGGAGGGCGGAGCAAGCGAGCCCUGGGCCUGUCGGAAAAGGAUUCAUCUCCUUCCCGUGGAGAAGUGGCCGUGGCAGCCGAAGGGAAAGACCUUAUUCUGGUGCUGGAAAAAAACCAGCUGUUGUCCCCAGACUACACAGAGACACAUUAUACAAAGGAUGGGCGGAUGGUGACGGUUACACCCAACCACACCGAACACUGUUACUACCACGGCCAUGUCCGAGGGUACGAGGGCUCCUGGGUGGUGCUCAGUACGUGCUCUGGGUUCAGCGGCUUGAUCAUACUCAACCACAACGACAGCUAUUACCUGAAGCCUCCUGCUAAUCCAGAAUCUGAGCCUCACCUCAUUUAUCGGACGGAACACUUAUCCCUCAAAGGGGGCACCUGCGGGCAUAGUGACGAGCUGCACAGCAACGUAGCGGACAUUGCUAGAUUCUUUGAGCCAGAUACACAGCGGCGGAAAAAGAGGGACGCCUGGAGGACUUUGAAAUACAUGGAGCUCUUCAUAGCUGCUGACUACACCCUGUUUACAACUCAAAAGCAAAAUUUGGGCCGUACGAAGCAACGGAUCCUGGAGAUCGCUAACUACGUAGACAAGUUUUACAGGUCCCUGAACAUCAAAGUAGCCCUGAUUGGCAUCGAGGUGUGGACGGAGGGAGACAGAUGCACCGUGACCAGCGAUGCCCACACCUCCCUGGUCUCCUUCCUGCAGUGGAAAAAGACUUUGAAGUCUCGGAAGAGGCAUGAUAACGCUCAGCUUCUAACGGGUGUGUCGUUCAGGGGGACCACCAUUGGAAUGGCCCCACUGGAGGGGAUGUGCACGGGAGAAAACUCAGGUGGUGUGAGCGUGGACCAUUCGGAGCUGCCCAUUGGAGCAGCCGCCACCAUGGCCCACGAGAUCGGCCACAACUUCGGCAUGAGUCACGACGUCGAGGGCUGCUGCCUGGAGGCCACGGCAUCCCAGGGGGGCUGCGUCAUGGCUGCGGCCACCGGCUACCCCUUCCCGAAAGUCUUCAGCUCCUGCAGCCGGAGGCAGCUGGAGAGCUACUUCCAGAAGGGAGGGGGCAUGUGCCUUUUCAACAUGCCCGACACCAAGGACCUCGUGGUGGGCAAGAAGUGCGGCAACGGGUUCUUGGAGGAUGGGGAGGAGUGUGACUGCGGGGAGACGGAGGAAUGUACGAACCCCUGCUGCAACCCGCAGAAUUGCACCCUGAAAGCUGGCGCGGAGUGCGCGCACGGGGGCUGCUGCAAGAAUUGCAAGCUCAAGACAGCUGGGACCAUGUGCCGAGAAGCAGCUGGCUCUUGUGACCUCCCAGAAUACUGCACGGGGGCUUCUCCGUACUGCCCCACCAACGUAUACUUGCUGGAUGGCUCCACGUGUUCCAACGGGGAAGCGUACUGCAAGGACGGCAUGUGCAUGACCCACCACCAGCAGUGUGUCCAGCUGUGGGGCCCAGGUGCCUCGCCGGCUCCCGACGCUUGCUUCCAGGACGUCAACCGGGCCGGCGACAUGUACGGGAACUGUGGCAAGGACAAACAUGGCAACUACGUCCGGUGUGCCUGGAGAGACGCCAAGUGUGGGAAGAUCCAGUGCCAAAGUUCAGCGGCGAGACCCAAAGGGACCAACACCAUCCCCAUGGACACCACGAUCCGGUUCAAUGGGAGGGAGAUCAAGUGUCGAGGGAUGCUGGUUUACGCAACCCAGGACGACGAAGGAGACAUGUCUGACCCGGGGCUGGUGAUGACGGGGACCAAGUGUGGAGAUGGAAUGGUAUGCAAGGACCAACGGUGUACGAACGCCUCGUUUUUUGAACUCGACAAGUGUCUCUCCAAGUGCCAUGGCCACGGGGUGUGCAACAGCAAUCGGAACUGCCACUGUGAUGCCAGGUGGGCCCCUCCGUACUGUGAGAAACCCGGUCUGGGUGGCAGCGUGGACAGCGGACCUGUGCAGUAUGACAACCAUGAAACCAUCGUAACCACCCUCGUGGUGUUGGGCGUGAUCCUGUCCAUUGCAGCUGUUGGACUUUUUGUCUUGUACAAACGGAAUCGUUCGUUCUUCGACAAGUGGGUCAACGUCUUAGGGAGGCGCCACGAGCCGUACAGGCACAGGGCGGUCCCUCAGAAGAUGACCCGCGGCCACAACAACUCAGCGUUCACCUUGCAGGGGGUCCCUUCUCCCUCGCCCCCCUCCUCCAGCAAAGCGGCGGGCAGAAGUCCCAACCAAGGGACGAGGGGCGUUUCCCCACUGAGGACGAACUCUACCCGAAGCACGUCCCAUCAUCCGGUCAAUGUCGUCCGCCCUCUCCGGCCAGCGCCCAGCCCGGCGGCAGCGGUGCAGAAGGACCUCAAGCCAGCCCGGCCUCCUCCGUUGCCGUUCAUCAAAUCCCCUGCCGUUCCUGCCCAAACAACGCUGAGCGUACAAAACAAGGAGCCUGCCCCGAGGAAGCCGCUCCCCCGCAGCCCUGUCAGGAUCCCCUUGGUUGAUCCGAAGCCCAGGCCCCCUCGCAGACCGCUGCCAGGAACCCCGCUUCUGGCUAAAGAAGUGCCCUCCGCUCAGGGUCAGCCCUUGCUGGUCAUGGUGCCUCCGACCGGUUCGAAGCCCGCCGGCGUCCUCAGCACCUCGAGCCCCUCUUCGAAGCCACUAAAGCCGGCCCCACCUCAGAGACCCAUCCCAGGCUUAAAAGUUCCGGCGGCCUUCUUCCCCUUGAAGAAAUGACAGCGGUGGACGCUUGGCGGCUCUUUUCUUCUUCAUUUGCACUACUGCGGUCGACGCAGAGACUUUUAUUAUUAUUAUUAUUUGGCUACCAAAGACUAUAAUUUUUGAACGUUUAGUGGAACUUUUCCGGCAAAAUAACGAAGAAGGGGGUGGGAGGGGCGGGGGGGCUCAGGGGAAAAACCGGUACUUUUGUGGAACAAAGGGCUGCAGGGGCUUAGGAAUGGAUCGGGCCCUCUGGGGAAGCGAUGAGUAGACACCCUCCGUUGUGACCGGCUGGUGGAUCGCUCCCUGUGGCUUUGCCCGUCGAGGCCUUACUUCUUCCUGCCGGUGGCAGGAGAGGGCGCGGGGGGGGGCAUCAUCCGCGGAAACCCCAGGAAGCAACGGACUAUAGUUAGCUACCUCUGAGUUUUACACAACCUCAUAGUAGAAUGGUUCUCCCCUGAGCAGGUGCCCUGUGGGCUUCAGUGGCACAUUUCCUGGAUGCACCAGGGAGGGGGGGCAACGUUCACAACAGAAAGCACCCCGGGGGGGGGGGGAGAGUCACACCUGCCUUAAACCACCCAUCAAGACCAACAACGCCUCUCCUGGUCCCCUUGAUUUUGUCACGUGCUUUGCUGAUGAAACUCCGACACAGGCUUGUUGGUGAGGAGCGGUGACUCGAAUCUAGGCCAUUUAGGGGAUGAUUCAGGCAGAAUGGGUGGGGGGGGCGUUUGCCAGCCGGGGCCAUCUUCUAGCGAUGGAGGUGGAGAGCAACACGGGAGGGAAACAGACAAGGGGGGGGGGGGGGGGGUGAUGUCUAUAUUAGACGACUUGAAAACCCAACCCAAAAUUUUGUUGGCUUUUGACCCGUUUGAGGUCUGCUCCUGGCUGGAGACACCCCUGUGUGGUGCAUAGCGCAGAGAAGAAAAUAAUCGUCUAGUAGUUCGAAAGCAAUGCCGUCCCUCACU